AUGUUCACUCCUGGUGGUCGUCGUUUACCAAUGUUAGGUUUGUCACCGGGUGGUGCUCAUUUGAAUCCGGAGACUCCUGGUUCAAGUUUAUGGAGUAGUUUGCUUAACGCAACGAAUAAUCCUAAUACAUCGGAAGCAGCAGCAGGGGGAGGCAACCAGGGUAAUACUCCUGGUGUAUUACAAUCUUUUCAUGGAAGUCAGGCUAAUAUAUCCUCAAGUAAUUUCAGUCACUUUUUGAGUACUCUAAAAAAAACUGGUUUAACUCCUAACGAGUCUAAUUUAAGAUCAGGAUUUACUCCUGGCGGCAUUAAUCAUCCAUCGUCAUAUCCAUUCCCUUCGGGGGCUGGUUUGAGUACCCCAGGCGGUUUAUUGAACAGUCCUAUGAUUCCUGGUCUUUCAAACAUGUUAGGUGUUUCUCAAAACCACAAUCAAGCUCCUCCGGCUCAGGCUCAACACCCAAGUCAAAUUCCAUCCCAAGCACCGCCGCAAAUUCAAGAGCGAUCUCAACCUGAUAUUCAAGCACAAAGACAACCUCGACAGCCGAAAGAUACACAACGAGAGCAGCAGAGACGAUCUGAGGAACCAUCUCGAGAUUCAACUCUUCAGCAAGAAACUCAAAGCCAACCUCGCCAGCUGCCUAGUUCCCAAGUUCAAUCUCUGCCUGAAGUAAUAAAAUCAAAUCCACCACCUGAGCUUGCAACUGAUGGCCCUCUUCCACAGAAGCAGAAACAGCAUGAACGGACGCAUCAUUCUGGUAUAGAACUGAAGGUAUCUUCCUCGGAAGACUACAGGCAAGAAAAUGUACAAUACAAUACAAAGAGAGCUAAGACGGAGAAACAGAGUCCCAAUAAAAAGCAGAAAACUACUUCACCAAUAAAUGAAUCUACUGAUACGUCAACGUCGAAAAGGAACAUUUCCCCAGAAGAUGACAAACGUAAAAGUUUCCUAGAGAGGAAUAGAGUUGCUGCAUCUAAAUGUCGUCAGCGUAAGAAGCAGCUAAUCCAAAAGAUGGAAGAUGAGCUAGGGUUUUAUUCUUCUGGUUAUAGAGAGCUCUCAGGUCAAGUCAGUCAGUUGCGAGAUCAACUUAUCAAUCUUAAAGGCGUGAUUGUGGGCCAUAAGGACUGCCCUAUGUUUGCGUCUUCUGUAGGAGGGUACGAGCAUUUGAAUGGUAUAAUUCAUCAAAUAAAUUACAUUACUCAAAUAACUGCUCCUCAGGCCAACUCCAAUUCAAUUCCAAGCACAAUACCAACAACGUUGAACAACCCUCAUGGUAACUUUCAAGUAUCUCCGCACGCAUCAGCGUCAGCGAUUGCACCAGCAAUUGCACCAGGACUACCGAUUAGAGAGAAUUUUAAUGACCUGCAUACACAUUCUAGCGAUGGCAGUCGAAAUACUUCCUCUGAUACAGUUCCAAGCAUUAAUGUCUAUCACUCGAAUACUAACAGCAACAACAUCAUCAAUAACGAGAAGAAUGCACAAGACGUCUCUUCACGGAAGCACAUUAAUAACCCUCCGCACCCACAUUUUGGAAUCUCUAAUCAAUCGAUGAAUCUAAAUCCAGCUGGCAACGGUAUCAGCAAUGGAAAUCAUGGCUACAACAUUCAAAAUUUACCACAGGGUGUUAGAGAUCAAUUGCAUGCCCUGCAUGAGCAAGGUGUGCAAUCUCAGCAAUUACCUCAGGAGUAUAGGAAUGGUGUAAACAUCGUCGGAUUAACUGAGCAGCGGUCUUAA